GCGCGUCUCUUGUUGAUCCAACACAUUGUUAUAUGUUAGAUGGGUGUCCGUAUGACGGAUCUGUUCUAUGUUACUGAUCUAUUGGACAAUCGAAAUAUGGCGGCGGUGACCUGGACAAUUUUGUCCCUGGCUAAAUUACUCGCAAGCAAGGAUUUAGCUGUGGAGCAUUCUUCGAAACACAAUCCUUGGCUGCACCACAACCAUAAGCCAUGCGAUUCUCCCAAACAACCAUCGCCUUCUUUCCUUACUGAACGAACGCAUCGUAUGUGGGAGCAGCAAGAAGCAGACGUUCCUCUUGCCCAGACCUGGGGAUCACAUACACGUCACUUUACGUCUCCUAGUCAUCAAUCAGCGACGUACGAUUUUUGCACCGCCAAUACCAUCGUCACAUCGCCAUCCCACAAUACGUCGCCCUUCACCAAAAAACAAUCGCGUAGCGUAUCAUUACCACUUUUAUCUUCAGACAACGAUUACCAGGGAUUUCACGGCACCGGGGAUUGGACAAUAGGGGAACAUUUUAAUGAAAAGGAGACAUUGUUAAAAGAGGAGAGCUUGGCCGGAAACGCAGCGAGCAACCAUCCGUCUAUGCACCUGGAAUCCGUACCAACUUCUUUUCUGAGUAAUGAUUUAUACCCACCACAACCGAGAUAUUCCAUCGUAUCUCUGCCUGACGAAGAUGAUUUGCUUUGGGAAGGGGACGAUUUAGAUGCCGCCGUACCGCAGCGCACUCUACCCCUGGGAGCUUUAUCACUGGAACGUCUAUCCAGUCAACUGACGUGCGAUUCGACUAAUAUUCACCUAAAGUCGCUGUCCAUAGAGGAAGAAGAAAUAUCACCGCGUAGUAACACCUCUUCUGGAGACAGCGGUUAUGGUACUACACGCAAGCAUCAGCAAGAACCAUCAUCAUCGAUGCCACUUCAUCUAGCCUCGCUUUUUGACUACCGAGUCAACGAUCAAUGGGAGAAUGAUCAUCCACACGAUGUUUCGGGUGACAUGACUGGAUCUCAUGUUGAAGUUUCCCAACGCGAUCGCGCAUCGAACACAUAUUCUUAUCAGGAAGACCAUACUCACCCGACCAAGACAACCUCGCCUGCAUCAACGACUUCGGCCUCAUCACGCAUUAGUAAAUUGGCACAACUUUCCUUUACGAAGAAAUUGAGCAUGCGUCAUAAAAUGCCUUUCCAUAUGCGUUACCAGGAAUGGACCGAUCAAAAAGUAAAAAGAGAACAACAAACAUCGAUGCAACGACAGCUCUCUGCCGGCGAUAUUUCGCUGAUUAUGCAGCAACCUGAAGAGGGCGACCAUAUCUUUGACCACGUCGAUUACAGCAAACCUAGCACGAUUGGUUUUGGUCAUUCGGCUCAAUAUCGCUUACAAACAUGAAAGCGAAUGUAUCGCAAGAACCCUCUAUACCAACCCAAUGUUCUGUUCGUUUAACUUCUGCGGACCCUGUUCACAGUUAUCCAAGAAAGCAAGCUCAUCAGAUUAAUUAUUCCGUGUCUCACGCGCCUUCCAUUCACAUAUCAAACGCUGCGAAUGGCCUUGAGGUACCAUUGCCUCGACGAAAAUCGACAGGAACCCUAAUGAGCGACGCUAUGAAACCUGUAU